AUGAGCACUCGGAAAUCUACAACCCAGAACCCGAGGUUUAGGAGGACCACUGGACACCCGCGAUCCGAGACACCGGCCGGCAAUAUACAGCGCAAAACUGAGCAGGUCCUAAGCCAGAGUAGCCCCGUUGCCUCGGAACCUGCCACCCAGCCGGAGGUACAGCCGGAAGUACCCUCGGUAGCUGAGCCCGAGCCCGAGCCCGAACCACGGCCGAAAUAUGUUCGCCCGGCACUGAACGAACCUACCCGGCCACCUGCGGACACAUCAAGUCCAGAGUAUAAGCGAGCCUAUUUCAGGUGGUGGAGCACAGUGACGGCAUUACCAUUCCUUAUCGUCACCUCGUAUUAUCUCUGGCAAGAACUUGUUCCAAACAUAGGUCGCCGACGCGAGCAGCCUCCAGAACAACAGGCCUAA